UUCCAAGAAAGCCCAUUCAUUUCGGUUUCAUUCGAGUUUCUGGGAAUAGCAGUCUGCUAUCAUGUCUGGCCGAGGAAAAGGCGGUAAGGGGCUUGGAAAAGGUGGUGCAAAACGUCACCGCAAAGUUUUGAGAGACAACAUUCAAGGAAUCACAAAGCCAGCUAUUCGUCGUCUAGCGCGUCGUGGUGGUGUGAAGCGUAUUUCUGGUCUGAUCUAUGAAGAGACGCGAGGUGUACUGAAAGUGUUUCUUGAAAAUGUUAUUCGCGACGCUGUAACAUACACCGAACAUGCCAAGCGCAAGACUGUGACCGCUAUGGACGUAGUGUACGCUCUGAAGCGUCAAGGCCGUACACUGUAUGGUUUUGGCGGUUAAGUUUCACCCGGACCGGAUUUUCAAGGAAAAAAAGGCUCUUUUAAGAGCCGCCCAAACAUUCAAUCAAAAGAGCAAAUUAAUGUCUUAAUUAUUUUCUCUUUUUUCCUCUUAUUUUUUAUCUUCUUUUCUUUUUUGUUUUCUUCUUGAAGUUCCCCACAACCAGUGUUGGGCUAGUCACUCAAAGAAUGUAAUAUAUUACUCAUUACUAGUUACUCGUUUCAAAAUU